GCAUUUUUGAUGCCGUCGUUUAUUGAUUCAGUUCUGUAGCAGUGGCAUUGAAUUGGACGCAGCCCUGAUGAGGUUUUACUGUUCUGAACACUUUGGGAUUGGUCCUCCUGGGCAGGCUCACGGGCAGGGGAGCGCAGUAAUGACACACAUAAAAAGGGACAUGAAGGAAGGGAAGAAGAGUGCCGUUUUUUUUAGGAUUGUUUUUGUUUGUUUUUAUUUGUUUGUUUCAGAUGGCAAAUGGGAUUAGAGAGGAUGGUGCCUUUGGACUAAGUGGAUUGAAAGGGGAGAUGCAUCAUUAUUGAGAACAUCAAUGGCCCUAUCACUCAGGUUACUGGUCAUUCAGUAUAUACUGUGGCAAUAAAAGUCUACUUAGAUGGGGCCAUUUUUAUGAAAAUGGUGGGUAUUUCUUAUUGUAUUGAUCUGAUCCCAUCUUUGAUUUACGCUCUCUCUCUCUCUCUCUCUCUCUCUCUCUCUCUCUCUCUCUCUCUCCCUCUCUCUGUCACUCCUUCUUUCACAAGAGCCACACUGCAGGGACAGACAGAGAGAGGGGGGAGACAGAGAGAGAGAGAGAGAGAGAGAAAGAUUCAGAAAGAGUGUGAGGCAGUGAGGAAGACAGAGAGGACAGAGUGGAGAAGAGAGUGAGGGAGUGUGUGUGUGUGAGAGAGAGCGAGUGAGCAAGAGAGACGCACAUUGUCAAAUCUCUGACUCGUUUACCAGUAACAAGGCGUUAGAGGUACAUGAUAUUCUUUGGUGUGCAUUACGGCAGCAAUAUUUCUGUAACACCCUGGAAACGUGCGUAUCUGGAAAUAGUGUGAAUUCAAAACAAACCGAACGCAUUGCUGGAACCCGGGGUAAGGCAAGGACAAGCAAGAACAUCAGCGGGAUGUGUGGCGUGGACUCGGAUUUGGAUGAGGGAGGACUGGGUGAUGACGAGAGAGAUCAAGAGGAUGAGUUUGCCAUGGCUGAGGGGGUCCGCAUGCUUCCCCCUCCCACAGCGCACUGCGAGGGCAGCGUGUGGGGUGGCCGCCGGAGCCGGUGUGGCUGCCUGGUGUUUGGAGCAGGGCUGGCUCUGUGGAACUUGGGCCUGGCAGUGAUCUGUGUGCUACUGCUGGCCAGCAUCUUCGCUCUGGUGCUGCUUCCGGCUGCACUGCUUCUCUACGCUGGCUUUCUUUGCCACUCACGGGUGAUGGCAUCCCCCUCUGCUCUUUGCCAUUACCUUGAUGACAACAGCUGUUCUGCCCUCAUCAUCCUUGGCUUCAUUAUGAUGUCACCGUUGGUGGUGGUUGCUGCAGCAACCUUCUGUGGGUUGCUCCGCAGGCUUCGCCUCCUUUGGCUCUUUCAGCCAAUCAGCGGGGCAUGGUUCCGCGGCCGCAGCCUGGGUUGGAGCGGGGACCUGCGUGCUUGGGUGUGA